UUAACCAAUUUUCAUUAGGCUGAAUGCGCAGGCAAACUAAUGAAACUAACCCAUGCAUUUUUUGUGUGUAGCCUACUGCACAGAUAACAGCGACAUAAUUUAAUAGCAAACACCUAUAACGCCUUGAUUUUAAAUGCAUGAAGCACUCCAAGAUACAGACAAAAUUGUCAAAAGUCUUACAAUUAUCCGUCUCCUGUAAAAGGCCGAGGUUAGAGAACACAACAGGGACGAGAAAAACACCUCCGUAUUUCGUUGAACUUUACUGAAAUGAAUUAAAACAUCAUCAUGAUCAUACAGCCCAGUUUAAACUUUUAGCCCGCAUAAAGAUAAACACUCAAAGCUCAGAGUUUUACCACAUUUACGUCCUUUACUGACAUAAAUCUCAGGAAAACAUCCCGUCACGAUGAACCAAAGUUUCACUUCAGUCAGUUUGCUUUCUUGAAUAAUUUCCUCUUUGAGUCGUAAAAUCUUCAUUCCAAAGCUUUUCACAACACAACAUCAUCUUGAAAUGUAAACCAUUAAGAUUAAAAUCCACCAGUUCGCUCGUACACAACAUCACUACUGUGCGAGCCGAGGCAAUCCUUCCUUCAAUGUGUGUGUGCGCGCGCCUGUGUGAGCGCUCCCCUCCCUUCAAUGUGUGUGCGUGUGCGCGCGUGCGGCUCAGAAUCGCGUGCGAAGAGACCGGCGUGUCAUUCUGUGGAAUCUGCCACCUGAAACACUCAGCAUAUAAAACACACAGACACACACAGAUACACACUGACACACACUGAGAGUGAAUAUUCAUCUGCAUCUACUGCGCUUCAUCAACACACAACAGAUUAAAUAUGAUUCCACCUGGAGAUUGCUUGUAUGCUGGGAGAAAGCGGAGGAAACCCAUCCAAAAACAGAGAAAAUCGGCACCGGUGACUGAAAAAUCGAAUCCAUCAAAACGUCACCGUGACCGUCUGAACGCAGAGCUGGACCGCCUGGCGAGCUUGUUGCCUUUUUCGCCUGAGAUCAUCUCAAAACUGGACAAACUGUCUGUUCUCCGUUUGAGCGUUAGUUAUCUGCGAGUCAAGAGCUUCUUCACCGCUACAGCUGCUCAGGAAAACCUUCAGCAGAAAGAAAAUAACACAACAACAACAACAACCACAUGUGCCCCUGAGAACCAACUACUGUUAGAGUCUUUAGCAGGUUUUGCAUUGGUCGUGAGCAGUGAUGGGAUGGUCUUCUACGCGUCCUCUACCAUAGUCGAUUACCUCGGUUUUCAUCAGACAGAUGUGAUGCAUCAGAACGUGUUUGAUUACAUCCAUGUAGACGAUAGACAGGAGUUCAGACGACAGCUCCAUUGGGCCAUGAACCCCUCACCACAAACGCCUGACCAGACGUCAUCUCCCGGGACGGGUGAGGAUUUUGUGGUCAGCAGAUUGUUUCUGUCUGAAGAAAGCGCUGCCAUUUCUCCUGAGUUCUCCAGCUUCUUAAAUCGUUGUUUUAUCUUAAGGGUUCGCUGUUUACUGGACAGCACAUCUGGAUUUCUAACGAUGCAGUUUCAGGGACGACUGAAGUUUCUUUACGGUCAGAGGAGAAAGAUGACGUCAGGAGCCGGUCUGCCGCCUCAGUUAGCUCUGUUCUGCGUCGCUGUUCCUCUGCUUCUGCCCUCCAUCACGGAGAUGAGGAUGAAGAACACACCCAUGAUGAAGGGCAAACACAGGAACCUCACAUCAUUAGAUCACAAUGACCUAUGUGAUAAUCUCAGACGUCAUUCAGUACUGAGCAAUGGAACGGAGCCGGUCGAUCCAGUACGGCCACACGUGCCCUGGACGCCCCUUUCCAAAGACGACAUCAAGUUCAAGAGUGAAGGUCACUACAGUCAGGAAGAGCCCUUGAACUUCUGCAAGUCAGCAUUGAGCAACCAGAAGUUUACAAACCUGGACAGCACGUGGCCCUCGAGGGGCGCCGUCCGGACCGGUUACGGGUGCCACCUGCAGCCCGGAGCCCGGGCGAGCAAACACGGACACUGCGGAAAACCGUUUCGAUCGUCUCCUGGAUAUUACAGUAACAGAGCCGAUGCGUUCGUUCCGAAGAUGUACGGCAGCGUCUCGCAACACGGCGAGGCAGACGGCUACGGCGCGGAUGCCGUCAAGAGCGAGAACUUCUGUUACGAAGGUCACGGGGAAGGCUACGACCCGCACGCCAUGGCUGAGCUGCCCAUAAAGGUCGAACAGGACUCCGACUCGGAGAACGGCUGCGUUAUCUAUGGACGCUCGUGGGCAGAUCGCGAGCGCUACGUGAACGGUUACGACGGCACGCAGAUGAAAGCGGAGAGCGGAUACUCUGAGCAGUAUUCGCCUUGUCAAAAGUCCAAGGUCAGUCACGGCCACGCGUACGGCAGCCACUAUCAGAACGCUUAUGACGAAACGGCUCGACCUCUCAGGUGCGUCCUGAACAAAGAAGCAGCAAAUAUGAACCCUCCGGAUUCGCUCUGCAGCAGUAUGGACACUUACGCAGACUAUAAAGGAUACGUGCAGCACCAAUACAAACCAGCCUACGAGUUUAAAGGGCUUCAUUGCAUUAAACAAGAGCCCAUGGAUUCUCCGACCUGGCAUGACAGCGCUGUGCACGUUCAGACAAACUGUGUGAUGAACAAUGGCCAGCAGAAGAUCCAUCCUUAUGUCUUCAUGCAGUGAUCUGAUCAGGAGAGGCUUUUUUAUUCUUAAAAACUCACUGAAAUAUUUUGUGAACCAAAAGAAUGCCUUUGAAAACUUAUAAAGUUCUCUCUACGUUGAGAUUCGUAGUAAAGAUUUUGGCCAGGUCAGGUGGUUUAUCUUCGUAGGUGUUUCAGUGCUCAUGGGACAAUUACAACACAUGAACCAAUUAAAACAAGACGGAUAUGAACGAAUGUUAAACAUUUGUCAUGAACAUAAGCAAGUGAUUUCAUGUGGUUUAAGAUUUCAAGUUCAUCUAAGACAAAGACGAACAUUUACAGUAGCUCAAAGACAUGAAGAUGCGUUUGUAGAAUUCAGAUUUGCUGACAAUAGGCCAAUCUGGACCCAUUUUAACAAAACAUUCAAGUUCAGCUUCAUGUUUAUUGUAUUCAGUAUUUAAGGGUGAAAAACUGAAGGAUUUAUGAUGAAAAGAUGUUUUGGGUCAGAGUUAAUUGACUUUACUUGAAAAUAAACGUUCUCGUUUCAUCAUAAUAUAGCAUCAUAAAAGUAAAAGUGGUAUUAAGUUAUCUUAAUACCAGAGGAAAAAAGCUCCUUUAGCUUGAUUGGCAGAUCUUUGUGUUAGCAACACAACCAAAGGUCACGGGUUCAAUUACAGCAAAAUAUAUAUUGAUUGGAUUGUAAUCGAAUGCUUUAGAUAAAACGGCAUAAAUGUAAAUAACAGCGUGAAAUAAUGCUAUUAACAUUGAAUACAUUUCAGCAUUGUGCCUUACAUUGAUUAUUUAAUAAUGUGUGGCUCUGAUGUUUGGGUUUGUAACACACAUUUGCAAUAACAUUUUAAUUAUUCAUUCAGUUAUGAACUUGCACUAGUAGAGCAAACAAAAGAAACUGCCAAGACACGCUGUCCUUUUGACAUGCACAAGAAGAAAACCAUCCCUCCCCUACCAGUUGUUUGCGAAUGUAUUUUUAGCAAUGUUUUGUAUUUAUUGUUUAAUAACAAAUAUUAAAGGCCUUGCACUAUUUCAGGAAGGAUUUUUAACAUGACAUUUUGCCGUCGGCAUUAAGUAGCAGCAAUGACUAUUAACAGACGAUACGAACGGAUGUUUUAACCAAAGCAAAAGCAGUAAUCAAAUGUGUGUGUCUUUGUUAUACUACACAAUAAAUGUCUCGUUCAUAACAGUCU